CGCCUCCCUCCACUGCCUCGUCCUUCCCCCAACCCCUGUGUGUCACCAGGGUCCUGAGAGGGAGCUUGGUGCAAAGUCUCCUUGAAGAAGCUAGUACAGAACAAGAGGCUCUGGCCAGUUCUUAAGGGGCAAAUGCGGCCCUGGGCUUCCCCACCUCAGCUCGGUGCGGGGGCUCAUCCCACCGGGAGGGGGGACCCCUUGGACCCGCGGCCUAUCCCACCGCCCCGCUUCCGCCGGGCUUUCAGACGGAGGGACCCUCCUUAUCCCAGGCCUGUGGAGCCAGCUCUGGAAAUGGGUGGCUCCAAAUGCCAGCCUGGUACCCCCACUGCCAGCCUCUGCCCGGCAGACUCCCCCAGCCAGCAUCGGGCGAUGCCACCAGGGCCUGCCAGCAGGGCAAACGUAAGUGGCUUUUGUUUUCUUAUGGAGCCAGGGAGUGGUACUGAAGGGGCAUGAAAAUGGCCUUCAGUAGCCACUCUGUUCUCUAUCCCCCUCGCCUUCCCCUCCUCUGUCUCUCUGUCUCACUGUCUCUGUCGCUCUCGCUCUCUCACCCUCACUUUUGUGGGUUAAUUGCUGACAGUGGUACUAUUGUUGUGAGCGGGACACAGGCUGGAACUUGGCAGAGCAAGGGCCUCACAUGCCAACUGCCCCCGCUGCCGCCCUCCCCUCCGCACCCCUCCAUCCUCACCCUGGGGAGCAAGGCUAAUGAGAGGGGUCACUCAGAGGAAACAAUUUGGAUAUUCAAAUGAGGAGCUCAGUUGCUGCCAUCUGCCCUUAGGGGCGGGGAGGACGUGAGAAGAGCCAGUGGGAGGGUGAGAGGUGAGGCUUUGCUAUGUGCACAGGCCUGAGCUCCCCGGAAGCAGCUGUUGGCAGCGGCUGCUUUACCGGGUGCAGGCUGGGGCUCCAUCUGAGCUGCCAUUCCCAUGGGGUGGCCUCCCCUGGCGGCUCUGGGCAGGCCCGUCAGGCAGAAACCUGUCAUGCCCCAGCUCCCCCCACCACCACCACUUCCUCCUCCCUGGGGCUGGGCUGCAGGCUUCUUUAGGGCUCCUCUUGGUGACUGAAAACAGCCCUGUACCGGGAGGCAGGUUGAGUCUCAUCCGAGGGAGAAUCCCCACCACCACACUCGGUGUUCUCUCUGAUGGGAACCGGGGCCCAGGCGGGCGCCCUGACAUUCCAGCCGUUCACGGCCAAAAGGCUCAGGAGCCAGGUUCUCUCCUGCUCAGAAGGCCGCUUUGAUGCUUUCUUCCUCAAAUAGCAUUGACCGAGAAGGCACGUGGGUCUGAGUCACUGCCUCCAACUGAGUGUUCUCGGUCUCUCUCUGCUUUGGGUCCCUGGGGCUCGCUAUCGAUGCCGAGGCAUUUGCCCGGAGCCGGGCUUCCCCAGGCACCGUUUGGGUAACCCUCUUGCCCUGACCUCUGAGCUGGGACUGGGAAAAGGAGGCUGCCUGCAGAGCUCCCAGCCACACCCGUAGAAGCACCCCCAGAAAGCCAGCCCGGUGACCCAGCAGUGCUGUGCGCUGCCUAACCUGCUUGAGCUUAUUAGACACUGCCUCCCCGGAGAGGAGGUUUGGCCACACGCUUGUCCAUCCCACCCAGACUUCCAGCCUCAGCCAAGGCUUCCGGGUCUCAAGUAAAAAAAAAUAAUAAUAAUGUUUAUUUUUGAAGGAGAGAUACAGAGCACAAGCAGGGGAGGGGCAGAGAAAGAGGGAGACACAGAAUCCAAGGCAGGCUCCAGGCUCUGAGCUGUCAGCACAGAGCCCAAUGCGGGGCUCGAACUCAAAAACCAUGAGAUCAUGACCUGAACCGAAGUCAGAGGCUUAACCGACUGAGCCACCCAGGCACCCCUCAAUUUUUUUUUAAGUUUAUUUAUUUUGAGAGAGAGAAAGCAUGAGUGGGGGAGGGGGAGAGAGAGAGAGAGAGAACGAGAGAGAGAGAACGAACGAACCCCAAGCAGGCUCUGCACUGUCAGUGCAGAACCCAAUUCGGGACUCGAACCCAUGAACCUUGAGAUCAUGACCAGGGCCAAAGUCAGAUGCUCAACCGACUGAGCCACCCACGUGCCCCAAGGCUCCCUCUUUUCACUUGGCUCUUGGUCUCCUCGGACAGCCAAUAAAGAGCUUCCUGGAUUUCCCACAUUUUCCUGGGGCCCUGAGUGUUCAAUGCUUCAAGAGCCUUUAUACCCAGAGUUUCAGGGUGCAGAUCUGGGAGCAGCCCGCUGGAAGGGAAAUGCCCUGAGGCAAAAGGCACUGAGUCGGCUGCUCUUCUCUUAAAGGUGGGCUCCCGGCCCCAUGCUGUCACCAAUGGCCAUGAGUUGUUUGAGGUCUCAGAGGAGAGAGAUGAGGAAGUUGCUGCGUUUUGCCACAUGCUGGAUAUGCACAGCGAGGGUCCUUCUCCCUCUCUUCCUGCACAGCCUUCGAUCUGGCUCUGACAUCCAAGACUACUCCCUCACCGGAUAUGUCUGGAGUGCUGUCACCCCCAGCCCCGAGCACCUUGGGGAUGAAGUCAAUCUGAAGGUGACCGUGUUGUGUGACAGCCUACGGGAGCCACUCACUUUUACCUGCAACUGUUCUUCCACGGUAGACUUGCUCAUCCACCAGACCCUGUGCUACACCCAUGACGAACUGAGAGAUGUGGACGUGGGGGACUUUGUGCUGAAGCCCUGUGGGCUGGAGGAGUUCCUGCAGAACAAGCAUGCCCUGGGCAGCCAUGAGUACAUUCAGUACUGCCGCAAGUUUGACAUCGACAUUCGACUACAGCUGAUGGAGCAGAAAGCUGUACGCAGUGACCUGGCCCGGACGGUGAAUGAUGACCAGAGCCCCUCCACCUUGAACUACCUCGUCCAUCUGCAAGAGAGGCCAGUCAAACAGACCAUCAGCAGGCAGGCCCUGAGUCUUCUGUUCGACACAUACCACAACGAAGUUGAUGCUUUCCUGCUGGCUGAUGGGGACUUCCCACUGAAGGCCGACAGGGUGGUCCAGUCCGUCAAGGCCAUCUGCAACGCCCUAGCCGCCGUAGAGACCCCUGAGAUCACCAACGCCCUCAACCAGCUGCCCCCCUGCCCCUCCCGCAUGCAGCCUAAAAUCCAGAAGGAUCCCAGUGUCUUGGCUGUGAGGGAAAACCGAGAGAAGGUCGUGGAAGCUCUAACAGCUGCCAUCUUGGAUCUGGUGGAGCUCUACUGCAGCACUUUCAAUGCCGACUUCCAGACAGCCGUGCCCGGGAGCCGCAAGCACGAUCUGGUCCAGGAAGCCUGCCACUUCACCGGGCCCCUGGCCUUCACCGUCUAUGCCACCCACCGCAUCCCCAUCACCUGGGCCACCAGCUAUGAAGAUUUCUACCUCUCCUGCUCCCUCAGCCAUGGCGGGAGGGAACUGUGCAGCCCCCUGCACACGCGAAGGGCUCACUUCUCCAAGUACCUCUUCCACCUCAUCAUCUGGGACCAGCAGAUCUGCUUCCCUGUGCAGGUGAACCGGCUGCCUCGGGAGACCCUGCUGUGUGCCACGCUCUAUGCUCUGCCCAUCCCCCUGCCUGGGAGCUCCUCUGAGGCCAAUAAGCAGCGGCGUGUGCCCGAAGCCCUGGGCUGGGUCACUACCCCACUCUUCAAUUUCAGGCAAGUCCUGACCUGUGGUCGGAAGCUUCUGGGCUUAUGGCCAGCAACACAGGAAAACCCCAGUGCCCGUUGGAGCGCGCCUAAUUUCCACCAGCCAGAUAGCGUCAUCCUGCAGAUUGACUUCCCCACCUCAGCCUUCGACAUCAAGUUCACCAGCCCCCCUGGAGACAAGUUCAGCCCCCGCUAUGAGUUUGGCAGCCUCCGGGAGGAAGACCAGCGUGUGCUUAAGAACAUCAUGCAGAAGGAGUCCUUGUACUGGCUCACUGAUGCUGACAAGAAGCGCCUGUGGGAGAAGAGAUACUAUUGCCACUCAGAGGUGAGCUCACUCCCCCUGGUGCUCGCCAGCGCCCCCAGCUGGGAGUGGGCUUGCCUGCCCGACAUCUAUGCUCUCCUGAAGCAGUGGACCCACAUGAACCACCAGGAUGCCCUGGGGCUCCUGCAUGCCACCUUCCCGGACCAGGAGGUGCGUCGGAUGGCCGUCCAGUGGAUCGGCUCGCUGUCGGAUGCUGAACUCCUCGACUACUUGCCGCAGCUCGUGCAGGCCCUGAAGUAUGAGUGCUACCUGGACAGCCCCUUGGUGCGAUUCCUCCUGAAACGAGCCGUCUCGGACUUGAGAGUGACCCACUACUUCUUCUGGUUGCUGAAGGAUGGCCUCAAGGACUCUCAGUUCAGCAUCCGCUACCAAUAUCUGCUGGCAGCCUUGUUGUGCUGCUGUGGCAAGGGGCUGAGAGAGGAAUUUAACCGCCAGUGCUGGCUUGUCAACACCCUGGCUAAGCUGGCCCAGCAGGUCCGAGAGGCUGCCCCAUCUGCACGGCAGGGGAUCCUCCGCACGGGCCUGGAGGAGGUGAGGCAGUUCUUUGCCCUCAACGGCUCCUGCCGCCUGCCACUCAGCCCUAGUCUGCUGGUUAAGGGCAUCGUGCCCAGGGACUGUUCCUACUUCAACUCCAACGCCGUCCCCCUCAAGCUCUCCUUCCAAAACGUGGAUCCCCUGGGUGAGAACAUCCGUGUCAUCUUCAAGUGCGGGGACGACCUUCGCCAGGACAUGCUAACCCUGCAGAUGAUUCGCAUCAUGAGCAAGAUCUGGGUCCAAGAGGGGCUGGAUAUGCGCAUGGUCAUUUUCCGCUGCUUCUCCACUGGCCGGGGGAGAGGGAUGGUGGAGAUGAUCCCCAAUGCUGAGACGCUGCGCAAGAUCCAGGUGGAGCACGGGGUGACCGGUUCCUUCAAGGACCGGCCCCUGGCGGACUGGCUGCAGAAACACAACCCCGGGGAGGACGAGUAUGAGAAGGCUGUGGAGAACUUCAUCUACUCCUGUGCUGGCUGCUGCGUGGCCACGUACGUCUUGGGCAUCUGUGACCGGCACAAUGACAAUAUCAUGCUGAAGACCACGGGCCACAUGUUCCACAUAGAUUUUGGCCGCUUCCUGGGCCACGCACAGAUGUUUGGCAACAUCAAGCGGGACCGUGCCCCCUUUGUCUUCACCUCGGAUAUGGCGUAUGUCAUCAACGGGGGUGACAAGCCUUCCAGCCGCUUCCAUGAUUUUGUUGACCUUUGCUGCCAAGCCUACAACCUCAUUCGCAAGCACACCCACCUCUUCCUCAACCUUCUGGGCCUGAUGUUGUCCUGUGGGAUCCCCGAGCUCUCAGACCUGGAGGACCUCAAAUACGUGUAUGAUGCUCUGAGGCCUCAGGACACAGAGGCCAAUGCUACUACCUACUUCACUAGGUUGAUUGAGUCCAGCCUGGGCAGUGUAGCCACAAAGCUCAAUUUCUUCAUCCAUAAUCUGGCUCAGAUGAAAUUCACAGGCUCAGACGACCGGCUGACCCUUUCCUUUGCCCCCCGAACACACACGCUCAAGAGCUCUGGCCGCAUCAGUGAUGUUUUCCUCUGCCGCCACGAGAAGAUUUUCCACCCCAACAAGGGCUAUGUUUAUGUGGUGAAGGUGAUGCGAGAGAAUGCUCAUGAGGCCACUUACAUCCAACGGACGUUUGAAGAGUUCCAGGAAUUACACAAUAAGCUGCGGCUGCUCUUUCCUUCUUCCCUCUUGCCCAGCUUCCCUAGUCGCUUCGUGAUUGGCCGCUCGAGGGGAGAGGCGGUGGCCGAGCGGCGGAGGGAGGAGUUAAACCGCUACAUCUGGCACUUGACCCACGCAGCCCCCGAGGUGGCCGAGUGUGAUUUGGUAUACACCUUUUUCCACCCCCUGCCCCGAGAUGACAAGGCUACGGGCACCAGCCCAGCUCCUAAGUCCUCAGACGGCUCAUGGGCCCGGCCCGUCGGGAAGGUGGGAGGGGAGGUGAAGUUGUCCAUCUCCUACAAAAACAAUAAACUCUUCAUCAUGGUGAUGCAUAUUCGGGGCUUGCAACUGCUGCAGGAUGGAAAUGACCCAGACCCCUACGUGAAGAUUUACCUCCUUCCUGACCCUCAGAAAACCACUAAGAAGAAAACCAAAGUGGCCCGGAAAACCUGCAACCCCACCUACAAUGAGAUGCUGGUGUAUGACGGGAUCCCCAAGGGAGACCUACAGCAGCGGGAGCUGCAGCUGAGUGUGCUGAGCGAGCAAGGAUUCUGGGAGAACGUUCUCCUCGGGGAGGUGCACAUCCGCCUUCGAGAGCUGGACCUGGCCCAGGAGAAGACUGGCUGGUUCGCACUGGGAUCUCGAAGUCAUGAGACCUUGUGAGCCCAGCAGAGCCCGACCCAUUCCCCCCCACCAACCCCCGCCCAGGACCCCAGGCGGCUGGGGGUGCCGGGGGAGACGAUUCUUCCCUCCUCCAUGUGCCCUUUCCUUGUGAAAGGGCAGAGCCCUUGGCGGGCCUCCCCUCUGUCCGGGUGGCUCAGGCCCCUGUGACGGGAGGCGGGCAGAGUUAGAUGCUGUCUGCUGUCCCCUCCUCUGCCCGGCGGCAUUUGGGUUGGCUGUGCUGAGCGGCUGUGAGGCUGCCGCGAAGUUUUAAGGUUACCUUGUGUCAAGGGAGCAACGCCUGGUUGGGGGUGAGUGGGGCGGGCUGAGUGAAGUAGCGUUUUGAGGGAGGGUGGGUGGAUAUCUUUAUUUUUAUUUUUAAAAAAUGAAAUAGUAAUGUUGUCCUGACUGGACAGGAAGCCUCGUGAGAAGGGACUUGCAUAUGCCUCGGAAGGCAAAAGAGGAAGACGUCGGACUUUUUGUAUGAUUAAGGUUCUUAUUGGACUUUCCCCUAGGGUUUUGUUUGUUCGCUUGUUUGUUUCUCAUCUGUGUUUUUCUAUCCAUAGGAAUUAUUUGGGGAGGGGCCCAGUGGGUCCUGGGUGAGAGCCCUCCCUCUCUAAGGGCAGGCCGGGGAGGGGCGGGGAGGGUCUGGUGUGCUGGACUGAGGCCUGCUGUGGGCCUUUCUGAUUGUGCCUCCAAAGGAGAGCGGUGUGAUACCUACGGGUGUAAGGGAGGGCCUUCCGAACGGGGCCCUGCCGAGGACCUGUGUUCAGGGACCUGGGCUCUUUCAGGGGAGUUUUUCCUUCCGUCUUCCCCGACUUUGCCAGGACGUGCCCCGAAUACGGUCUUCUACCCCUCCAUUCUCAUGACCCCUCUGGGGACCAUCUGGUCCCUGAGGGUAUGCUGGGGGUGCUUCUCCACACGUCUCUCUCCCUUCCUUUUUCCCUGGUGGGAGAAAGUGCUGCCUCAGCCCUUAGAUUUGGUCCCCCCACCCACCCCGCCCAAGGACAUCCUGGCCCUGGGAAGGAGACGGCUAGGCCGCAGAUGCCAGUGUGGCCCCAUCACCCGCCACACCCCCCCUUUUUUGUGUGCUGCUUUUCCCAAACUCCACUUCUGUCACAUUUUUUUUUUUUAAAUAAGAAUUUCCCUCAUUUUCUGGGGCCAUAAACUUAUUUAGUCUGGAGCCAAAGGGAUGCCCUAAGCCGAGGAAAAGGGGCGUGGGGUGGGGGACUCCAGUGAUGUUCUUUGGUGGCGAGAAGGCUGGAUCGGAGGGGGGGUGAUUGAUCCCCGGGAGCUGAGCUAGGAGCGAGAGACGGGGUCUCUUGUCUCUUACACUUUUUAUUCCCUACCUGGUGGAUUUUGGAUUCACUCUUGUGCUUUACUCCAAAGGGUUGUAUCCUUUGGGGAAAAAAAAAAAAAAAGGGAGAGACUUUGAAUUUGAUAUAUUUAAACCGGAAUUGGCUGGAUGUACCCCAGGGUUGGGGCAUGGAGGGAAUCGAGGAGACUCUGAACUAUCCCUCCCCAGCUUCCUUCUCAGCUCCAAGGAUCAGAAAUUCCCCCGUUUGCUGACUCAUUCCAUAACCAGAGAAAGAAGCUCCGUUCACUGAAGCCACAGGGGAGCAAGGAAAUGUAAACUUUUCUUUUAGGUUAAAAAUGUCAAGGGUAAGGUGGCCACUGUGGGGGAGGGGCUGGGGGAAGUGGGGAACAGGGGCAGAACUCCUCCAGGUGAAUGGACCAUAGAUGCGUUACUGGCUUUUGGCCUGUAGCUCAUUUUAUUUUGACCCUCUCUGCCCCUGAUUGAAAGAGGUCUGUGUACUGUAUCCACUUCCCUUGUAUCUGCUACUUUCUCUGGAACUGUAUUUUCUAAUAAAUGACAUUUGAGAAAAACAAAACCAUCCUUUCAAAAUUGGUCGAUGCUCACAUGAAGACACCUGGUGUACAAGAUGAAAAUCAUAACAGUAGGGGUCUUACGAUUGGAAACUUUGAUAUGCGUUGGUGCGCUGCCCUGGGCCUUCGACACUUGUCAGUGAAAUCUUAGCCUCAGAACAACUUGAUCAGGUGAGUAGUAGAAUCCCCAUUUUAUAGGUGAAGAAAUGGAAGCUCAGAGAGAUUAAGUAAUCUGUCUUAAACUCACAGCCGAUCAGCCUUGGAUCUCGAAUUGGAAUCUAGGAUUGACUCCACACCUUGUGCAAACUCCUAGGUAAUGUUUAAUACAGCCCUUUAAGUUGGCGUAACAUUUGUUCGUUUUCAGCGUGUCCUACUAUAAACGAUGUCCUUUUUCGUUACGCUACCGUCAAAAGUAGAUCUGGUUCGUUCAUUAAUUCUAUCAACAAACAUGUACUGUGCUUUCCAGUGCUACAGAGUGACAUGCCUCCAUCCACAAAGAAUAUAGCUCCUGGGGUUGUGCGUUGGGCCCUGUGCCACGUACCGGGCUGAGGGUUACAAAGACAAAUUCAAACAAUCUCUGCAUUUAAGAAGUUUAGCACCUAGGGGCACCUGGGUGGCUCAGUCGGUUGAGCAUCUGACUCUUGAUUUGAGCUCAGGUCAUGAUCUCGAGAUUCAUGGGAUCGAGCCCCACAUCAGGCUCCCAGCUGACAGCACGGAGCCUGCUUGGGCUUCUCUGUCUCCCUCUCUCUCUGCCACCCCCCACUCCAAUACAUAAAUAAACUUUACAAAGUUUACUGCCGGCACACCUGGGUGGCUCAGUCUGUUAAGCAUCCGACUUUGGCUCAGGUCAUGAUCUCGCGGUUUGUUGAGUUCGACCCCCAUGUCGGGCUCUGUGCUAACAGCUCAGAGCCUGGAGCCUGCCUCGGAUUGUGUAUCUCCUCUCUCUGCCCCUCCCAUGCUCAUGCUCUGUCUCUCUCUCUCUCAAUAAUAAAUGAACAUUAACAAAAUGUUUUAAAAAGUUUACUGCCUAAUGAUAUUUAACCAGCCCCAUUUUCUAAAAGGGGAAACUGAGCCUCUGAGAUGCCUUACAACUGUUAAGUCAUUAGAGCAGAGCCAUAGCUCAGAACCCACCAAAUGCAAGAAGGAGGUGGUGUGAACCUUGUACCAGCAUUUCACCCAAAAGUUUUCAAAACUCUCCAGUGGGGUGUCCUAUUUCACACCAGGAAAUUUUGUGAGGCUUCCCAGGGACUUUCAGUAGUAAACAGGGGGAAGUGUUACCCAUCUGCGGUGUUUCUAAGUGGUUUUGAGAUGUCACUGCCGUUCUGGAUAAAUCCCAGGGGACCUUUUAAAAGUUAAACUUGAAUCUGGCAAGAGUCUUAGUUGAGGAAAUUUCUUGGCCGAAUGGGGCAGAAAUCUGAACCACCCUGAGGGCGUGGGGGUGAGAGCUGGGAGUAUAGUAAGGGCUUGCUCAGGGAGAAGAGAAACAAGAGAAGCCCAGGAGGCUGGGUUCUCUGAGUUCAGAGAGAGGUGGCAGAAAUGAAGUAACCUGACUGGCUGGGAUGUGGGGGCAAAGAUUAGAUUGGACUUGAAAGGUCAAAAAUGAGGCAGCAUUUUUUUUUUUAACAUUUAUUCAUUUUUGAAAGGCAGAGACAGAGCACGACUGGGGGAGGGGCAGAGAGAGAGGGACACACAGAAACAGAAGCAGGCUUCAGGCUCCGAGGCAUCAAUCAGCACAGAGCCUGCAUCAAUCAGCACAGAGCCUGA